UGAAGGCAACUGAUGGUUCAGCUGCAUGCAGGAGAAGUUCCUGGAAAUGUUGUGGCCCUUCAGGUGUGGAAUUUCUGGAGGGAUUUUCCAACAAAGAGCCUUGACAAAGCCAAUGUUUAUCAACUCACUGCUUGGACAUCCUGCAUUUCAGAACUUACACGUAAAAGUUGGAGACAAAGCUGAACUUAGCAAGGCUUUUACACAGAAUGAUGUAGUUACCUUUUCUUAUUUGACAGGUGACACAAAUCCUUUGCAUCUAAAUGAAGAGUUUGCAAAGAAGUCUAGGUUUGGGAGAACCGUUGUCCAUGGAGUUCUGAUCAAUGGACUUAUUUCUGCAGUUCUGGGCACCAAAAUGCCUGGUCAAGGAUGUAUAUUUCUCUCCCAGGAGAUUCGUUUUCCAGCUCCUUUGUAUGUUGGUGAAGAAGUCACAGCUGCAGCAGAAGUGCAACGACUGAAGGGUUCUGUUGCACACAUUUCUGUAUCGUGUCAGGUCAGAGAAAGUGGGAAGACUGUUAUGGAAGGGAUGGUGAAAGUCAUGGUGCCAGAGAGUUAGAGCUGUUCAUCAUGUGCAACUUCAGCAUAAAGGCCAGAACCAAUGUACACUUAGUUUUGAGUCUCUUUUUAUGUGAAAUCACAAAACCAGUAAAUUUGCAACAAAAGCCUUUCAAAAUGUCUGAAAGUGCACAAACUUAACCUUACUAGAACUGCAUUGAAAUUAGAGCUUUUCCUUUUUUCACCAUGGUGGGUUUCUCUGCCAAGGUGAACCAGGCACUUGCUGUGACAAAGUGGCACAUUCAGAGAAGCCUUUUUGCUGCCACAGUGGGAAGUUUGGACUGGUGGGGCUCACACUGAGGCUGUUCUUCCUGGUAAAAUUGCAGUCCACACCAGCAAAGUUCAGUUAAAACUUGUUCCUUCUGUACAAAGCAGCUGUACUGCCAACAAGCACUGGGGAGGGGACAGUGCUGUGUUCAAAAGAAACAGAAGUGGAGGUGCUGACACUCAUGUACUGCAAGAUGUGUUGUAAUCUGCAUAGCAGCUCCAGCUGGUGCUUCUUCUGAAACGUGCCUCCCAGAAAGAGAGUGAAGAAGGCUUUAAAAAAAUGUAUUGUCACAACUUGUACUGACUGUAUUUGUGCUCCUGAGGGCAAGGCAAACAAGGGCAGAUGAUUUGAGUACUAAC